CACCAACACACACAGACAUCGACAUCCUCCCCGGGUUUGAACCGGUCCCCUCUUUUCGCCACCCCAGCCCCGCCAUGUCGUCCGCUGUCACCGAGACGGAGGAGUCGGCGCGGAGCUCCCCGCUGACACCGCUGAAGCUGGUCGGGCUGGUGUGCGUCUUCCUGGCGCUCUGCCUGGAUGUGGGAGCCGUGAUGAGCCCGGCGUGGGUGACCGCCGACGACCAGUAUUACCUGUCCCUGUGGGAGUCCUGCUGGAAGCCGGGGAGCACCGAGAACUGGCAGUGCAGCAGCACGCUGGGCUCAGACUGGCAGGUUGCUACGUUGGCCCUGUUGCUAGGGGGUGGAGCCCUGGUGCUGAUGUCAUUCCUGGUCGCUCUGGUUGCAGUGUGCAUCGGCACGAGGCGGCGAUUCUACGCACCCGUCGCCUUCAUGCUUUUCGCUGCAGUCGUUCUUCAGGCCUGCAGCUUGGUCCUCUACCCCAUCAAGUUCAUCGAGAGCAUCAACCUGAGGAUCUACCACGAGUUCAACUGGGGCUACGGCCUGGCCUGGGGGGGGACCAUCUUCUCCUUCGGCGGGGGAAUCCUCUACUGCCUCAACCCCAAGAAUUAUGAGGAGUAUUACUAACCCCGAUUCAAGCAGAGGACCUUACAGUCACAUGCUGGGAGAGGUAUUCAGGGGGCGAGGAGGGAUUUGGGG